UGGGUUGUGCCUGCCGCUUGGAUGGUAACCCUCCCUACCCAUUGAGAGAGCGCCGGAACUGCAGUGCGGAGAAAAUGUAACAGUAGGAGGAGAAUGAUAGUAGAGCUUAUGGGCCUGGGGACUUCUGUUAGUUGCGAUGGAGGAGAGGUUGUGUCUUAUGGAAUGAUAUCUAAGGAAAGCCUAUUGGAAACAGAACGUUUCCCACCCUGUGAUUGUAGCAGUAAGGUAAAUGGCUGAAUCAAGUUGGGAGCUGCUGUGUCUCUGUCUGGCCGGCCAAUGCAGUGCGUAGGGACGGCCGCCCAGCCCGACGAAAACAUGAACGGAGCGGGGGAGCAGGUGGACAUCCUGCCCCCAAACUGCUUGGUAAAGGACCGAUGGAAAGUGCUGAAGAAAAUUGGCGGGGGAGGUUUCGGGGAGAUCUACGAGGCGUUGGACCUGCUGACCAGGGAGAAUGUGGCUCUCAAGGUAGAGUCAGCCCAGCAGCCUAAACAGGUCCUCAAGAUGGAGGUGGCUGUCCUCAAAAAACUGCAAGGAAAAAAUCAUGUCUGUAAAUUCAUUGGAUGUGGAAGGAACGAGAAGUUUAACUAUGUGGUCAUGCAACUUCAGCAGGGGAGAAACCUAGCGGACCUGAGGAGGAGUCAACCCCGCGGCACUUUCACCAUGAGCACCACGCUACGCCUGGGCAAACAGAUCCUGGAGUCCAUAGAGGCAAUCCACUCUGUGGGCUUCCUGCACAGAGACAUCAAGCCUUCAAACUUUGCCAUGGGUCGACUCCCCUCCACCUAUAGAAAGUGCUUUAUGUUAGACUUUGGCCUGGCUCGCCAGUACACCAACACUACUGGAGAGGUCCGACCGCCCAGAACUGUAGCGGGAUUUCGGGGCACUGUUCGUUAUGCUUCAGUAAAUGCUCAUAAAAACAAAGAAAUGGGUCGCCAUGACGAUCUAUGGUCGCUAUUUUACAUGUUGGUAGAAUUUGCAGUCGGUCAGCUACCAUGGCGAAAAAUAAAAGAUAAGGAGCAAGUGGGUCAGAUUAAGGAGCGCUACGACCACAGAAUGCUGCUCAAACACAUGCCUUCUGAGUUCCAUGUGUUCCUGGAUCAUGUUUUAGGCCUUGACUACUUUACCAAACCAGAUUACCAGUUGCUGAUGUCUGUCUUUGAGAACAGUAUGAAGGAACGCAUCAUCACAGAGAACGAGUCUUUUGAUUGGGAAAAGGGAGGGACGGAUGGAGUGCCUCUGUCCACCUGCACGUCAACGCCCCCUCAACAGAACACACGACAGACCCCCGCUGUGGUCGGGGUGGUGAACGUGACUCUGAUUCCUGGGGAGCUGCCGAGGGAGAACACAGAUGACGUUCUACAAGAUGAGCACCUGAGUGACCAGGAGAAUGCUCCACCUGCAGUACCUAGCAGGCCUUGCGAGGGGACACGACCCCAGGCGGAAGGCGAGGCAUGGAACGACACCGACUUCAACCGCAACCAACUCAGGAUCAGCAUCAGCAAGGGACAGUUGGCUGCGGAGGAGGAGCCUGCUAGAGGGGUGUGUCCUGAGGCCACUGUGGGUGGAGCUCCCCCAGAAAUGACUGGUGCUCAGGUCUGCGCUCUGCGGUACCGGAGGAUCAACAGCCCAGAGUCAGACCGUCUGUCCGGCGCAGAUGGGAGACCAGAUGUCUACGAUAAACGAGGGUCUCGUAUGGACAUCCUGGGAUCCCCGUCCCGCUACGUGCACUCCUCCCAGCCGGCCCAGAUGCACUCCCUGGAGGGAGGAGGUGGGGACCGGCAGGGUGGCGGUGGGAGACCAGGCCAGGAGGUCUCCGUUGCCUCCGCAGCUGACCCCGAGGCCCACAGUAACGCCUUCAUCCGGUCUGUACCACUCGCCGAGGAGGAAGACUUUGACAGCAAGGAGUGGGUGAUCAUUGACAAGGAGACUGAGCUCCAGGACUUCCUGGGUCUCCUGGGCCCGGGUGCCGAACCCACCACCUCGGGGCCCACCACCGAUGAGGAGCCCGAGGAGCUGAAGCCCCUGGAUGAACUGGAAGAACGGAGGAGGUUACGGGGAGCUGUAGGUGGAGAGGUGGUGGUGAGGCCUAAGAUGCGAGCAGGAGGCAUAGUGGCACUUCCAGAAGGGGAGGGGUCUAAUGGGGCUAGUCCUGGACACUCGGGUUAUCACACUCUGCCUCAUAGCCGUGGACAAAGACCACGGCCACAGUCGGAGCACUUUGGAGCUCAAGGACAGGCCCAGGAGCAGAUCAACACAUACCAGGGUGGCAGUGUGGAGGACCAGAGAGAGAGACCUGACCUUACCAUGCUGGCCCAGCAUCGCAUACAUCGGGUGGACUUCCUCUCUGCCAUGCUCACCGCCACCCUUCCACCUCUCCAAACCUCUUUUGAGGUUGGUUCCGGAAACCUUGUUGAGCAGGAUCGUGAUGGGGAUAUGAAUGGGGCCGGGGUUGGGUCCAACGGUGUCGGGAGCCCCAAAAGUAGCGAGCACAGCCAGGAGGGUGAUGAUGGAGCGCCCUCUACUCUCCUUGCAGACGAGCCUCCUCUGGACUACCCUCACCUGGUCUCUGCGGGAGUGGGGUUGGGGGGUGAUCCGGACCUGGAGCUGGAGGAAGGCUCCAAGACCCUGGUGCUCUUCUCCCCUGGAGACAUGAGGAAGUCCCUUGCCGUGGUGGGCGAUCUGCCCCCUGACGAUACUGCGAGCCACCAGGGGACCCUGGCAGCCGUCACACCCCAGUGCGAGCGAGCCCUGGGAGCUCUGGGAAGCCUGCUGGACAUAUCUGAGCCAGGUACUCUGUCCUCCCAGCUGAAGUCCGAGCCCAAAUUGUCUUUGACAGCCGUCACUGCCAUCCUGGUCAAUAUGGCAUCCAAUGUGGUUGCUCCCACUAGCACCUCCCCUCCUUUCACCAAAGUGGAGCGUACAUUUCUCCACAUUGCCGAGACCACCCACCAUAAUGUGAUGAGCUCCUCGGGGACCCUGCAACCCAGGCUGCUGCUCCCUGGGCUGGUUGAGGAGCCCACAGCUGAACAGGAGGACUGCUUGGAGGGAGAGAAAGAGGAGGAUGUCUCCGAUGGAGAGAAAGAGAAAGGUAGAGAGAGCAGAUCCAAUGGGGACCUUUCAGAAAACGACGCUGAGAAGGGGACGGAGAGGGAGUCUGAAGGUGAGGUCCCAAAGACAUACAACGUACACAGGAGGGAGAGUGGAUCAGAAGGCGAUGUCUAUGAGAAAGUCGAGGAAGGGGACAAAGAGAACAGGUUUGAGGAGAACAUUCCAGAGAGCGACAAGGAGGAUGAGAAAGAUCCGGAUGAGGAGAAGAGAGAUGGUAGGUCCAAGGAGGAAGUUCCAGAGAUAGAAACCCCAGGUUCCCCAGAUGGAGACAUGGCUAAGGAGGAGGAAGAAGAGGAUGUUGCAAAGAAAGAGGUUGAGGAGUUAAUCUCUCCAGAAAAAGAGAAGGAAGAAGAGACGGAACUUGGGGCGGAGGCUCCGCCAGAGAUACAGUCAAACCUCUCCUCUCCCAUUCUCUGUCCCUCCGAAGAACCUGAAGCACAGGAUGUCCUGGUCGUUUCCACAGAAACCAAGUUAUACUCUGAACAAGAGGAUACCCCUAUUGCCGUUUCCCCUGAGAAGGUGCCUGCCCAAGACAUGACAAUGGCAGAGAUGGAGAACCAGGUCCAGCUCAAACGAAACAUUGAGGCUUCUCCACAAGAAGAACCUAAGGACUCUGGUGAUCCAGAAACAUUGGCAGUGCACCAGGUAGAGAGCAAAGACGUGGCAGAGACUAGCAAACAAACCAGGCCUCGUAAACUGAGCCGAAUCCCGGUUCUCUCCCGGUCUGAGGAGGACACUGGCUCGGACCAGGACCAGUCGGCGGCGUCCCAGUCACUCAAGUCUCGUCAGAAGGCCAAGCGACCUCACCUAGCCCGGCUGGUCAUGGAAAGGACACAAGGUCGUAUGCUAAGACUGGCUUCUGUUUCCUCAGCUUCGUCUGUUGAUGAUGGCUGUAAAGCAGCAGCAGAGACUCAGUCGGAGGAAGACACCCAUGAUGAGGACGACUCUCUGCCCAGGAAGGAGAGGGGUGUUGGCUGGGAAAGGGAGAGGCGUGGCGGGCGUCAAAGAAGCAGGAUACCCCGUCCCGUCACGCCUGUUAAGCUGCAGGGUCCCUCUGUUACAGCAUCGGAUGCCAUCUCCCAAGCUGGCACCAAUGCUAGUGUCCAAAAGCCACAACUUUCAACUGUAUAUACUAGGCAUCAAUCUCACAAACCCAGGACCCCAAGCAUGAAUGUUCCACUGCACCAGAGGUCCCAGACUCUGCAAUCCCGACCUGGACCCGGGGCCGACUCCACCCUAUUCUCCACCUCCCGAACCCCCCUGCGUGGGGUCAUCUUCCGAGCCCCUCACUCUGCAUUCCCCUCCCCCCGUAGCCUCAGCACCUCCCCCCGCAGCUACUCCACCUCCCGGACCGACAGCCCCUCCCCUCAGCGCCCACGACGGGGGGCUGCAGUCACAGAGGUCCGUAGGCAGCUCAUAUCUGUGCGGGCGCAGACUGCACUUCCGCUAAAACCCAGACCGCCUCAGACCGAGGACUCCUCCGCCACUGGGAUGCCCAGAAGGCGAGGCAAAUUUUACCCAUCGUCAUCUACAUCCACACCCACUAAGGGGAAGUCAGAUGCUUCUGAGAGCAAGACAGCCACCAGAUAAUAUAGGCUAGCCCAGGGCAAUCUAUAUAUCAGUCUAUCCAAACCUCACUUCACACACCCCUUUAUCUACUGUAUGUCAGAGUAACUCCACAACCACAAAUGUGUUUGUCGCAAAUUGUGCAAAAACGCUUUGUUUUAACUCUCAGCUUAAGAAUACAAAGAGAGGUCUGCUUCAAAUUACAAUUAAGCCCAAGAACAAAACAAGUAAUAGGGAGCACCAGGCAGCGGUGUGACCCCCAAAGCAGCACAGACUAGGGAAGUGGGUGUUACUAGCCUCUUUCUGCAGCUAAGGCCUCCCUGCUCCAGUCUAGGAACAUGUUCUUUAGCAGGGUUCAAAUUACACAUUGACUCUUGAUGGCUCUGCAUGACAAUGGUGCCCAACGUCCAUGUUGUUGAUAAAUGUGGGGUCCCCCUUUUGUUAUGGGGGGGGGGGUCCCCUAGCCCCUCUGUAAUUAAAUCCUGAUCCUGGAGGAAUCUAAUGGAGUCUGACUCAGUACAACAGCCCUCAAAAGCCUUAAUAAGACCUGUUCUAAGACCUGUUCUUAUCUGCUCCUCCCAUCACAAACGCUUCCAGGGACAAAACAAGAACUGUAACAGGAGAGCAGCAGCCUCAUCUGAUCUUAUUGACUAGUUUGCGUAAAGAAGUGCUUUAAAUUAGAAUGAUCAUGUGUGAUAUGAACAUAAUACAUAGCUAAAUUAUAGGAUUCACUUUAUAUAGGUCAGACCUCAGAAGUAAUUUAGGUAACACUUUAUUUGACACUCCUUCUUAUGAAGGGUUAUCGACUGUUGUAUUGCUUCACAAGCAUUCACAUCACCUUAAAGAUUAAGUCAAACAAACUGUACAAUAAAGCAAUAAGGUGCCAGAGACUGUUAUAUAUCAUUAAUGUCUCUCUCAUGCCUUAUUUACCUCUAUUGUAAAGUUUCACAAUGCUCAAUGACUGUAUCUAUGAGCUGCAUUCAUGUUGUAAAGCGUUAUAACACAUAAGGGGGAUCAAGUAAAGUUUUACCUUCAUGUACAUAAGAAUCCGAUCUGAAAUGGUGUUUGAUUAUAAAAAGGCAAUGUGCAGUUUACACUUGGCGUUAUUAUUUAUCUCUCACACCCAAUCAGGGACUAUCGCAGCUGGUAAGUCUGCAUUUGGAGUGAAAAAGUGUGCCGUAUCAUUGAUAACCAUUAUAGAGUAUUUAUUAUACAGUCUUAUUAAGCCCUACGAAUGCAUCUAUAAAGUGCUAUGAAUGUGCUUAUUAGACAAUAUAACACUUCACGGGGAACUGCUUCAAGUGUUACUAAAUGUUACCUACAGUAGGCCUAUAUCGCCAUUUGAAAUAGCGGUAAUACUACAUUAAGUAAAGUAUUACAGAAAUAAGUGUCAUUAUUACUCUUUCUUUGUUCAUUGAGAUAGAACAGGAUUUUUGGGGGAAUCGAAAUGAAUGCGUUUUGCAAGAUAAAGUCGAUGUAUCUACUUGUGGCUUUGUAAUGGUCCGCAUGUGUUCUUGUCUACCUCGGGAGAUGGUUUCACCCAGAUAUGAUCACAAGUGGCUUUUCUUUAGGGGAAUUCACUGGAUGUACCCAGAGAUGAACAUUACGUCCCAAAUGGCACCUUAUUCCCUAUAUAGUGCACUACUUUUGACCAGGGCUCAUAGGGGUCUGUUUAAAAGUACUGCACUAAAUAGGGAGUUGAGUGCCAUUUGGGGCGCAUUUUAAAUCAGAAACAAAUUUGAAGAUAGAUACUGUGGAAUGUGUCCAAAUGAACAUGAUUUCUGUUAUUUUUGUAUUACAGCUAAUACGCAUGGAUAGGGGGUGCUAGCUAUACAGUUUCACGGAAUCUUUACUUCAGGUGUAAAAUCAUCAGUCAAUCAUUCACAUUUCAGAGAUUUAGCUAAUUCCUUGUUUUUUUUUCAGUUACAAAGAACUAUUAUUCUGAACAUAUAUGUCCCCUUACUACAUGCUGCAUAUUAAAAACGUCACUGUAGAAUAUGAUUUAUUUUGCACUUUAAAUGUCACUGUUUAUUUGUCUUCUCUUACUGUUAGUCUGCACUUCACAUAAAACGUGUUACCAUUUAACUUACGGAAAUCAUAAUUUCUCUCAACAAAUUACAAGGAUAAUGCAACUUACAAUAUAGCGAUACAUCUACAAUAGUACAAUGCAACGUUUUAAAAUUAAUUUAUUUUGCUUCGUACAAUAUCCCAACAACAAUACCACAACAAAAUGUAUUGAGCAAUUUAGUAGGACAUGCAAUCAGGUAGAGCUGCUAUGUGAUGUGUCAAUCAUUCACAGUUUAAUAAGAAGCCAUUUCAUUGGCUCACACCAAUAAAAGUUUGCUUUUAAUUGGUCCAUCUAUAGUGUGCACCAAUUAGCACUUCGAAGAAAUGUGCCAUGCCUUGCCAUUGAAAUAUACUGGUGUUCCAUAAUAAUUUACCCAUAGUGUAUUGUACAUAAUAUAGUUACUUCUAGAGACCAGAAGUUAUCUUUAUUUUUAUUUGAUAAAUCAAGUAUUUAGAAAAAAAAUGUGUAAUUGCAUUUGUUUCACUUACUUUCAUUUUCAGAAGUGUCAAAUUGUUGAACGAGACCUCAAGCUUUAACAAUACUGCUUCAUUCAAACUAACAAGUCAAAAUGUGUUUAACAUUUCUGUGGUGUUAAAUAUACAGCAUUUGUUUAGUUUGAAAUUAUUCUUAAUAAUGUUUGGUGAGAAAGAGAACUUAUGGAAAGUUAUCAGAACAAAUACUUGCAGCAAUGACAAACUACAACAUUCAUAAUUAAAUAUGGUAUUUUAAAUUGAAGUGCAACGAAAUGCUAACCAAUCAAGGGUAUUACGGACUACAUGUACCUACUUUUUAAAGAACACCAAGAUAAAGUAUCCAAUGUAAACAGGGAACUAUUGUACAUGUACUUAAUCUUUAACUUUGAUUAAAGAUCUAUCUACAAACAAGAGUAAUGAAUCGAUGAAUACAUAAAAUGAUGGUAGGAAGAGGGAGAAAUGAUAUUAUUCUGUUAUGGGUACAUUCAAGACGUUUUCUGUCCUCCAUCCACGUUUACUUAUCUGGACUAUUGAUCUUCCCAAUCUAGGACAGACUUUGCAUGAAUGUGUUUCAUUAAUUAAAUCAUUAUCAAAUAAACUGCUUAUUAUAUGAACUAGCUUGCUGACAAGUUAUCUAUUUCAUCAAUGAUGACUGACAAUAAAGACCUGCU